AUGGCCAGCUCCCCCCAGGUGCGUAAACCAGCUAGCCCCCUCCAGGUACGUGAGCCAGCCAGCUCCCCCCAGGUGCGUGAGCCAGCCAGCUCCCCCCAGGUGCGUAAACCAGCUAGCCCCCCCCAGGUACGUGAGCCAGCCAGCUCCCCCCAGGUGCGUGAGCCAGUUAGCUCCCCCCAGGUGCAUAAGCCAGUUAGCUCCCCCCAAAUGCGUAAGCCAGUUAGCUCCCCCCAGGUGCAUAAGCCAGUUAGCUCCCCCCAAAUGCGUAAGCCAGUUAGCUCCCCCCAGGUGCGUAAGCCAGCUAGCCCCCGCCCCCCCCCGGGUGCUUGA